UAUGAAACUACAUUAUUAAUACUGAAAAAAAUAAAAAAUAAAAACUACUUCAUGCUAAUCUUUUCAUAAAUGGGCUCGACUGACCCGGACAGAAAGCAACCCGACCCGCAAAACAGUCUACUUUAGAUCAGCUUCUCCAAAAUACGCUUCACUCGUCUAUGUUCGUUCAGAUUUUCGCACCUAUUUCUGUUGUUAUCUCAUAGAUCUGCACUAUCAAUUAAAAUCCUAAAUUGCUCAACAAAGGUCAGGCUUUCAGAGAUUGACUACAAGAUCAAACGCUCUGGCCAGGGCGAAACUAGCUGAGUCACAUUCCUAAUCUAAGAAACCAAAGACACCUUCAUAGAAAAACAGAGAGGUUUGUGUUUUACGGUUUGAAUGGCGAGAUCAACCAGCCGGGAUGCCCAAGCUCUAUUCCAUUCCCUUCGCUCUGCAUAUGCUGCUACUCCCACUAGCCUCAAGAUCAUUGAUCUGUAUGUGGGUUUUGCUGUUUUCACUGCUUUGAUUCAGGUAGUUUACAUGGCUAUUGUUGGUUCCUUUCCAUUCAAUUCUUUUCUCUCAGGAGUACUUUCUUGUGUUGGCACAGCAGUGCUUGCUGUUUGUCUCCGUAUCCAGGUGAACAAAGAAAACAAGGAAUUCAAGGAUCUUACACCGGAGCGAGCUUUUGCCGAUUUUGUCCUCUGCAAUCUGGUGCUCCAUUUGGUGAUAAUGAAUUUCCUAGGCUAGGUUUUUAGGCAUUUUGAAACUACUGGACACAGGUUUCCUUUCAAGUCAUAAAUAUAAAAAUAGUUCCAUGCGAUCAAUUCAGCAAAUUGCAUUGGCUUUUAUAAUGUUGCUUAUAAAAUAUUGGGUUUAUCAAGAAUGAUUGGUUUUUAUCUA